CCAAAAUCCCUCUCAAAUACAAAGCUAUAUAUAUAUAUAUAUAUAUAUAUAUAAAAGCUACAACUUUUUGAAUUCUUACCGCUAAUAAUCCAACCCCUUUUCUUAAUUCCCUCUAAUUUUUGUUUUUAAAUCUCUUAUUCGUCCUCUGAUCUCUUUAAAGAUUCAAGAAAACCCUAAUUCAAGAUUUUGCUUAAUAAAGAUCUUUUAUGGCUGAUCAAGGGUUGGAAGGAAGUCAACCAGUUGAUCUUUCUAAACACCCAUCUGGGAUUGUUCCCACUCUUCAGAAUAUUGUAUCCACAGUCAACCUGGAUUGCAAGCUAGACCUUAAAGCUAUUGCCUUGCAAGCUCGUAAUGCUGAAUAUAACCCCAAGCGUUUUGCUGCUGUGAUCAUGAGGAUAAGAGAACCCAAAACAACAGCUCUUAUCUUUGCUUCUGGGAAGAUGGUUUGUACAGGAGCUAAAAGUGAACAACAAUCGAAACUAGCUGCACGGAAGUAUGCUCGGAUUAUUCAAAAACUAGGAUUCCCAGCAAAGUUUAAGGACUUUAAGAUACAAAAUAUUGUUGGUUCAUGUGAUGUCAAAUUUCCCAUUAGACUCGAAGGCCUGGCAUAUUCUCAUGGUGCCUUUUCAAGUUAUGAACCAGAACUGUUCCCGGGGUUGAUUUACCGAAUGAAACAACCGAAAAUCGUUUUGCUUAUUUUUGUUUCGGGGAAAAUUGUGCUAACAGGAGCCAAGGUUAGGGAUGAGACUUACACCGCAUUUGAGAAUAUAUAUCCAGUGUUAACCGAGUUCAGGAAGAAUCAGCAGUGAUAUGUGAUAUCUGGUUUGGUGUUAUAAUGUUAUGGAUGAGAAUUCAGAGAAGGGCUCAAGUUUGACUUCUGAAAACGUUCAGAUGCAAAUGGGACUUUGACUUUGACUAGACUAGACUAUCUGAAGACAGAUCAUCUACUGUAAAUGUAAAUGUACGUUGAAUCUGAGGAUUGAUUGUUGCAACUCAAAUCAUAUGAAGAGACAUGUUUGGCAACUUUUUAUGGUCCACAACCCAACUCUUUUUUCUGCAUUAUAUAAAAUUUUGAUUUUUGA